AUGCUGCUGACGUGCUUCAACUGCGCCACGUGCAAGAAGCCGUUCGACUGCAAGGAGGACAUGCCGAACACGCCGGUGCUGGGCGAUCCGGCAAAAGUCACGAAUUGUGCGGGAUGCGAGGACAAGGGCCCCGAACAAGUGCCGUACCGCGGGCUGCUCCAAUUUCUCGACCAGCCUGGGCUGGAGAAGACGGAUACCGGAUACGAAUACACCGGCCAGAUCGUCUACCCGAGUUGCAAGGAGUGCGGCGUCAAACUGAACAUCUCCAAGUUGGCCUACAAGUUGGGAUGCGGUCACUGGACGUGCUGCCACAACAAGGGGCCAGUGAAAUGUUUGGAAUGCGAAACGAUGGAUGAAGGAGGGUUGUUAUGGCACGAUUCGCGGAUACGCAAGUUUUUAGAAGAAGACGACAACCAUCUACGCGAGGAGGGCCUACAGCAAUGCGGAGACUGUGGCCUCGUCCACCAAUUUUCACACCUAUUUCGGUGCAUGGAUUGCACGAUUACCGCAUGCGGGGUGUGCGCCUUCAAAAUACAUCGACAGCACGAGGUUUCUGAACUUCUCGAGCUCGAGCUGGAUGUCAUCAACAAAGUGGCCAAGGACCGAUUUGAUGAAGCGGUCACCGGGCUGGCGGGAAAUCUACGAUAUCUGCACCAAGAGGUCGAUAAGGCUGUGGAAGCCCUAAAAGCCAUGGGAAUUCAACGCCUCGAAAAGACGAAGAAGCUCGACUCGUUUCCGAAAGCGAAAAAGGCGCUCGCGCCGAUCAAAGAGGCGGCAAAGGAAUUUGAGGAAUAUUGCGAGGAGUACUUCCCGAUGAUGCGCAUUUUCACGGUGAAGAUUCGGCGGUUGAACGAGCAACUUGAUACAAAGGAAAUCCAAGAAAUCAAAGAUACCAAU